AUGAAGAUAAUAUUAAUAACAUUAUUGUUUUGUGUUGUUGGUCUUUGUAUUGCAUCUAAUCAACCACAAUGUCUAAAUAAAUGUGACCCAUCAAAGGGUGCUUGGAGUCCUCAAUAUACAUCUUGUUUAACAAAAUCAAAUCAAGUAUGUAAUUCAAAUUCAACGAUGAAUGAUACAUUUGAUAUUACCAAAAUGCCAGUUUACUCUGAUUGUGUGUAUGGUAUUGCAUUGCCAAAGGAAUAUAUUAUCAAGAUUGCAUACAAGGAAUCAACUCCAUUCUUGGUUCUUCCAUGCAACUUUUCAUCUUAUGUCCGCUGUAAACCAACACCAACUCCAACUCCAAAACCAACAACCAAUAGUACCACCAACAAUACCAAUACUACUACUACUACUACCACUGAACCAGUAUGCACUGAUUAUUUCGCAGUUCCACUUCAUGAAAAACAAGUAAAGGAUAAAGAGACCAAUUGUUACUUUGAUGCCAAGUAUCCAUGGAUGACCAAUUGUGAUGUUGCCAAUGGAUUCCACUGUCACCAUGCCAGUUUCAAGUGUAUCAGAACUGUUCCACAACAAACCAACCAAUUUGUAGACUGUACCGGUAACGUUAACGUUUGUCAAGCCGAAUACCAAAGAUGUGAAUGUAAAAACAAUACCUCAAUGCUUCCACUCUAUGGUAGAAGCAAGUGUGUUGCCAACUCUCCUAUACGUAACGCUCAAAACAUGUCAUUGUGUAUGGAAGCAACCGAUAAAUUCUUUGCAUGCUCUGUUGCCAACAAGACUACUGGUACCCUUAAUGCCACCACCGACACUACUUGUCCAGAAGCUAGAUGCCCACAAGAAUAUUGUAAUAUGAUGACUACCUGCUCUGAUCCAUGUCAUCAAAAUGUAUACGACUCUGGUAUGGUUAUUUGGCCAUCAGGUAAACCAUCAGGUAAACCAAGUGGAGGUGGUUCAAGAUGGAACCCAAAUAGAAACAAUGAUCAUCAUUCCAAUAAGAUGAGUAGCAAGGUAUUCUAUGCAAUCAUUUUCUCUGUUGUUGGUGCAGUUUGUAUUUUCAUUGUUGUCACUGCUCUCCUUGUUAGAAGAUGUUUAAUUAAAAGACUCAAUCAAAGAUUCAAGUUGCCUCAGAAUGGCAAUAAAAUAAAACAAACAAAAGAAUAUAGAGUUAAAAUUAAAUAA